AUGAGACUCACAAUUUGUCUCUUUUUACUUGUCUCAUCGACUCAUCAGGAUUCGUUGCGCGAUCGGCAGUAUCAUCGGCCGACUCGUCCAGCUACACCUAGAGGCAUUGACAACAACCAGACGGUCGCACCUAUUGGACCCAACGUCUGCCGGAUGAGGGACAGGAGGAGUCACUGCUGUCCUGGGUGGACCAAGAAACCGGAAACUGAUCUAUGUCUUGUUCCAAUAUGCGGAAGAGGUUGUGGCAACGGUCGCUGCAUCCGACCGAACAUAUGUCGUUGCGAAGGAGGAUCGAUUGCAAUGGCCUGUCAGUCCUCCACCCAAACUCCUCAAACACGAGCCCAUGAAGCUCAUAGAGAGCCACAAACUAGUCGUCCUGGCGGUUCUGGGAGCUGCAGGGCACAAUGCAUCAACGGAAAUUGUGUCGACGGUAGAUGCCAGUGCAGGCCGGGAUAUCAGGGUGAAUUUUGCAAUGAACCAAUCUGUCGUGAGCCGUGCUUGAACCAGGGAAGAUGCAUUGGUCCUGACAGGUGUGCCUGCAUCUACGGCUACACUGGGAGAAAAUGUGAAACGGAUUACAGGACAGGUCCUUGUUACACUAAAGUCAAGAAUGGCCAGUGUCUGGUUCAUCUUCAGGGGGUUGUCUGCACGAGACAGAUGUGCUGCGCCACUGUCGGCAAGGGCUGGGGUCACCCCUGCGAGCGCUGUCCUGCGAGGCUUGAUUGUGAAAUUGGACACAUCAAGACGAAACAGGGAGAAUGCGUUGAUAUCAAUGAAUGUGAGGCGAUCCCUGGCCUCUGCGAGGGAGGUAAAUGCAUCAACACCCCAGGAUCAUUCCAGUGCGAAUGCCCGGAAGGACAAGCGCGGGACAUGGACACGAACGAGUGCAAGGACAGGGACGAGUGUCAGGAGGAAGAUGUUUGUGGCGAUGGGAAGUGCAUAAAUACACUCGGGGGAUUUUACUGCGUUUGCAAUCCUGGAUUUAUCCAGAGUCAGGAUCGAAAAUUCUGCAUUGAUGGUAGACAAGGACUAUGCUACACAGCUGUAAACAGAAAUGGUGAAUGCAAAAAUCGACUGGCAGUGAGACUCAGUAAGAAAGACUGCUGCUGUGGUAAAAACAUGGGGAGGGGCUGGGGCGACGAGUGCUACAUCUGCCCGAAUCCCGGAAGCGACGAUUACAAUAAAAUAUGCUCCGAAGCCCAGCACAUUGCCAUCAACGAGUGUGUCCUCCGUCCAGACAUCUGCGGGGGUGGCAAGUGCAUCGACACUGAUGAUGGGUACGAGUGCGAGUGUUUCCCCGGGUAUGUCAAGCGUUUCGGAAGGUGCGAGGAUGUCGACGAGUGUCAACAGGGUUAUUGUCAGGGGGGAACUUGUCAGAAUCUUCCUGGGAGUUUUCUCUGUCACUGCCCACCUGGAUUUGUGGUGUCCGGCGAGGGGAAAUAUUGCAGUGAUCACGACGAAUGCCAAGACACAGGAAUGUGCACAAACGGCCACUGUACAAACAUGAAUGGUUCAUUUCGUUGUCAGUGCAACGACGGUUACAUCCUAUCACCCUCUAAGAACACAUGUACUGACAUAAACGAGUGCUCCGAGAACCCCCGAAUCUGCCUGAACGGCAGAUGCGAGAACACCCCGGGUUCGUACCACUGCGUCUGCCAAUCGGGUUUCACCCCCUCCAACGACAACACCUUCUGCGUGGACAUGGACGAGUGUUCAACCACGGGAAUGUGCAACAACGGAAGAUGCGUAAACAUGGAGGGAUCCUUCAAAUGCGUCUGCGACUCUGGUUUCCGUUUGGGCCCGGACCAGAGCCACUGCAUCGACAUCGACGAGUGCCUGAGCAGUCCCUGCCAGAACGGCCGCUGCAAGAACACCCCCGGAAACUUCAAAUGCGAGUGCAACCUGGGUUUUGACCUCGGCCCAGACGGUCGCUCCUGCCUGGACACCCGACGCGACUUGUGCUACUCGCAGUACCGAGACGGCCAGUGUUCAAACCCGACGUCAACGGCCGUGACCAAAUCCAGCUGCUGCUGCUGCACGAUAAUCCUGGGCCAACCCCUGGGUUGGGGGAGCAGCUGCCAGCGCUGUCCCACCCCAAACAGUCCAGAGUUUGAGGCCCUCUGCCCCCACGGAGCCGGAAUGACGUACAACGGUGACGACAUCAACGAGUGCGCGCAGAACCCCAACAUCUGCGUCAACGGUGGCUGCGAAAACCUGAUGGGCACCUACCGCUGCAUCUGCGACAGCGGCUACGAGCUGGACCCAACCGGAAAAAUCUGCAGCGACAUCAACGAGUGCGAGCUGGAGCAGUCCCUCUGCAGCGGUGGUCAGUGCAGAAACACCCCUGGCAGCUUCCAAUGCGUCUGCCCAACUGGGACCAGAUUCAACAGCGCUAACCAGAUGUGCGAGGACAUCGACGAGUGCGACGAGCUCGGGGCGGAUGUCUGCAUCAACGGCAUCUGCAUCAACACCAAAGGGUCGUAUCAGUGCGAGUGCUCCAACGGUUACAUCCUCGAUAACACAGGACACAUCUGCAUGGAUAACCGACGGGGUACCUGUUGGACGAAGAUCAUAGACGGCAGAUGUGAGAACAACUUCCCCAGACUGGCGCUGAAGUCCGAGUGCUGCUGCUCGGUUGGCGUUGCCUGGGGCAGCCCCUGCGAGACCUGUGACUACUCCCUCUGCGAGUGCUCGAAGGGUUACGCUAAAGUCGAUGGGAAAGCUUGUGCCGACAUCAAUGAGUGUGAGCUCAACACUGGGAUCUGCAAGGGUGGUGGGACCUGUGUGAACACUGAUGGGUCUUACAGGUGUGAAUGCCCACCGGGGCUGACCCUGGACGCCACUCACACGACCUGCAUAGACACCAGACAGGAGACCUGCUUCAUGGAUUACCGUCAUGGUCAGUGUACGAGCUCCAUCGAAGGGAGAUUCUCCAAGAGCAUCUGCUGUUGUUCGGUGGGAAGGGCCUGGGGCAACGACAAGUGUGAGCUGUGUCCAAAGACCGGAACACAGGUCCACUCCGAGUUGUGUCCUAAGGGGGAUGGGUUCACGGAGAAGGUCGACAUCAACGAGUGCAUCGAGUUCCCGGGGAUGUGCCUCAAUGGGAGAUGCAAGAACACAGUGGGCAGCUACAGUUGUCGAUGUAAUCAAGGCUACGCUCUUGACGAGAAUGGGAUCAAGUGCAAUGACAUUGACGAGUGCGAAAUCAUGCGAGGGGUGUGUGGGAAUGGGACUUGUGUCAACACCCCUGGGACCUUCCAGUGUGAGUGCGAUGAGGGGUACAGAGGGUCUGACAUCAUGAAGGUGUGUAUGGACAUCAACGAGUGUGAAGAGACGCCGGGGUUGUGCAGAGGGGGCACCUGCAGGAACGUUGAGGGGGGUUACAGGUGUCUCUGCCCCCCAGGUCACGAGCUGAGUCCUGACAAGCAGUCCUGCAAGGACAUCGACGAGUGCUCAAGGACCAGCGGCAUCUGCUCCAACGGAGUCUGCGAGAACAUGAUGGGGACGUACCAGUGCAUCUGCGACGACGGCUUCCGGCAGACGGGCCUCAAAUCCCAUUGCGAGGACAUCAACGAGUGUGCGGUCAACAAUGCCGGGUGUGAAGAUGUCUGCACGAACACCCCUGGAAGCUUCACGUGUUCUUGCGGACCUGGGCUGGCACUCAAUUUAGACGGGAGGACCUGUUCUGACAUCGACGAGUGCAAGGAAAACCCGAGAAUAUGCAAUGGCGGCAAAUGCACGAAUUUGGCGGGAACUUACUCCUGCCAUUGUAGGCAUGGUCUAUUACCCGGAACGGAUGGAACUUCUUGCAUUGACAUUGACGAGUGCGUGACACAGCCCAGGAUCUGCGGGUAUGGAGAAUGCAGGAAUACCAUUGGGUCCUUUGAUUGCCGAUGCGAGGAGGGGUACUCUGUGAAACCUGAUUCCGGCCCGGACUGCACUGAUGACGACGAAUGCCUUCUCAAUGAUCAUUCUUGCAGUGAGUUCGCGGCAUGUCAGAACACCCCGGGGUCUUAUCAGUGCACAUGCCACGAUGGAUUCAUUGGGAAUGGGAUUGAGUGCAGGGACAUCAACGAGUGUCUUGUUAACAAUGGCGGGUGUGACAUGAAUGCCCAGUGUAUCAAUACGGAGGGAUCCUUCAAGUGCGUCUGCGACGCUGGAUUCAGGGGGGAUGGGUACACCUGCAGGGAUAUUGAUGAGUGCACGAAUGAUCCCACGUUGUGUGAGAAUGGACACUGUCUUAAUUAUCCGGGGUCCUUCAGGUGUGAGUGCGAAAUGGGGUUCAUGCAUCCUGAUGAGAAUAAUGAGCAGGCUUGCAUUGAUAUCAAUGAGUGUGAUAUGUUCCGAAAUCUCUGUGUUUACGGCAAGUGUGAGAACAUCUUCGGGAUGUUCAGGUGCGAGUGUGAUGAUGGGUAUAAGUUGGAUGGGUCUGGGGGGAACUGCACAGAUAUUGAUGAGUGUGAGAGUCCACAGGCCUGCCAGUACGGGAGGUGUGUUAACACCCAGGGGACUUACAGGUGCGAGUGUCCGAUUAAUCAUGAACUGGUUGAGGCUGGAAAUGCUUGUGUUGACCGUCGGGAAUCCUUAUGCUUCACCGGGGAAGAGCACGGUACCCGGCGUCCCCAAUGUGUUUUCGACAUGUCCUCCACCGUGACCAAAGCCACCUGCUGCUGCAGCAUUGGUAACGCGUGGGGUACGCGUUGCGAGCAGUGCCCGGCGGUCGGAACCAGAGAAUUCGAAGAGCUGUGUCCCGGUGGCCCGGGCUACCGUCCAAAUCGGCUGACAGUCAUUCUCGAAGACAUCAACGAAUGCGAGGAACACGAGAACCUUUGUCAGAACGGCCACUGUACCAACACCUUCGGCAGUUUCAUGUGCUCCUGCAACGAGGGCUUCAUCCUCGAUGAAACAAAGACCAGCUGCAUCGACAUCGAUGAGUGCUCCCUUCACCCCCAGAUUUGCGGCGUCGGCUACUGCAUCAACGACCAAGGAAAGUACCACUGCGAAUGCCCGGAGGGUUACAUGUCCAUGCCGGGGGGCAAGGAGUGCGUCGACAUGCGGAAGGAACUCUGCUACAUGAAGUAUGAAGAUGGUCAGUGCAGCCACUCGAUGGUCCACCCGCAAACCAAGAUGCUGUGCUGCUGUUCGAUGGGAGCAGCCUGGGGUCAGCCCUGCGAAAGAUGUCCGGGUGAACGAACCCGGGAACACGAGAUCCUCUGCGGUAUGGUGCCCGGCCAAAUCAUGAACCCCAUCACCAAUCACACCGAGGAGAUCGACGAGUGCUCUUUGAUGCCCACCAUGUGCACCCAUGGUAGGUGCAUCAAUACCCCCGGUAGCUUCGAGUGCCAAUGCGAUAUCGGUUACGUUUACGACGAGGACUCCCACCAGUGCAUUGAUGAGAACGAGUGCCAGCAAACACCGAACCCAUGUUCCGGCAACGCCCAGUGCAUCAACCUCCAAGGAACAUUCGAAUGUAGAUGUCCAGCCGGGUAUAAACUAGGCAUAAGUCAACGAAGCUGUGUAGACAUCGACGAGUGCUUCGAGAGACCUGGAAUCUGCGCCAACGGCAUCUGCAAUAACCUCCAAGGAAGCUUCCAGUGCAUCUGCCACCUGGGCUUCGCCCUGACUCGAGACCGGGACUCCUGCGUGGACAUCGACGAAUGCCAACGGAACCUCAACAUCUGCAACAACGGUACCUGCAUCAACACCCUGGGAUCCUACAAGUGUCAGUGCUACGAAGGCUUCAAACUCAGCCCCAACAACGACUGCGCGGACAUCGAUGAAUGCAGAGUAAUGCCGUUUUUGUGUAGGAACGGAAGGUGUAAGAACGUCAUUGGUUCCUUCAUCUGCGAGUGCGCUGAUGGAUAUAUCCUCGCCCAGGACGGACAACACUGCAGGGACAUUGACGAGUGCGUGGAGAUCCCGGGGCUCUGUCCGUACCCUGGAAAAUGCCAGAAUCUCAUGGGCUCGUACAUCUGCAGCUGUCCACCGGGGUAUGAACUAGACAGCAGUAAGAAGAGGUGUAUCGAUGUCGACGAGUGCAUCGAGACCCGCAACAUCUGUGAAAACGGCAAGUGCAUAAAUACCGAGGGUGGCGUCAUUUGCGAGUGUCCAGAGGGCUUCAAGCUCAGUGACAAAUGGAACUCGAUGACGUGUGUUGAUGUUAGGGAGGAGCAGUGCUACGAUAAAUUCAGGAGGGGACAGUGUCUAGCGCCUAGAUUGGGGGGCAUGACGAAGAAGCACUGUUGCUGUACGAUGGGAAAGGCCUGGGGGAGGAACUGUGAGAUGUGCCCCAGAGAGGGUACAGAAGAUUUCAAGAACCUCUGCCCAGAAGGCCCAGGUAGAGACGACACUGGAGUUGACCUGAACGAGUGUCUCUUCAUGCAGGACGUCUGUCAUGGUGGCGACUGCAUCAACACGGACGGGUCCUUCAGGUGCGAUUGCCCGCCCGGCUAUACCCUGGACGAAACAGGAAGGAGGUGUGUAGACCACAAUGAAUGCGUCCACAAUCAGAACAUCUGUGGGAACGGAACUUGCUCCAACGUCGAGGGAGGCUUCGAGUGCUCCUGCAGCAACGGCUUCGCCCCGGGGGCCAAUCAGGUCUGCGAGGAUGUCAACGAGUGUCUGGAGAUGGGAAAUCAGUGUGCCUUCAGAUGUCACAAUGCUCUGGGGUCCUUCAGGUGCAUCUGCCCUUACGGCUAUGUCCUAGCUGCUGAUGGAAGACACUGCAUCGAUGUUGAUGAGUGCUCCACACCUGCGAAUAACUGCAAGUUCCAGUGUAAGAAUCUCAUCGGGAGCUUCAUGUGUAUCUGUCCACCUGGCUAUCAGCAGAUAGGGAUGACUGACGAGUGCAAAGAUGUUGAUGAGUGCUCGGUCAAUUCUGGGCUGUGUAGGAAUGGACGGUGUGUCAAUCUUGAGGGGAGUUAUCAGUGCAGGUGUUACGAUGGCUUCGAACAGAAUUCUGAUGGAAAGUCCUGCAUUGAUAGGAGGGUUGGGUACUGCUUCCUGAGGACCAUAGGGGGCAGGUGCACAGCGAGGACCUCUGAGUUGAGGACUGUCACCAAGGCUGACUGCUGUUGCACCAUGGGUGCUGCUUGGGGAACUCACUGCGAACUCUGUCCUUCCAGGGAUUCUGAUAAUUACAACGAGCUGUGUUUGGACAAAGGGUUUUCUCUCGAUGGACAGGACAUUGACGAGUGCAGGGCCAUCCCAGAUUUAUGUAGGAAUGGAAUCUGUAUCAAUACACUGGGGUCCUUCAGGUGCAUCUGUAAUAAGGGGUACAGGGCGGACAAGUCUGGGACGCAGUGUCAUGAUGUCAAUGAGUGCGAGUUGACACCGAGUCCCUGCAAAUUCAGCUGUCAGAAUACAGACGGGAGCUUCACGUGCUCGUGCCCUGUUGGGUUCAUUCUGAAUGCUGAUGGGGUUGGGUGCAGGGAUCUUGAUGAGUGUGCUACCGGGAAUCAUUUGUGCCAACAGAAGUGCAUUAACACUGAGGGGAGCUACACCUGCGCUUGUAGGGAUGGAUACACUCAGCAUGGUGAUGCUUGUCAUGAUAUUAAUGAAUGUGAACAACAUGGGACAUGCCCCAAGCCUGGAACAUGCAUCAAUACCCUUGGCAGCUUCAGGUGCAUUUGUCCAAGGGGUUUCAAACUCGAUCAUAACGGGAAAUUCUGCACUGAUAAUAACGAAUGCAGUGACGAUGGGACUUGCGAGCACGGAUGUCAGAACUUCAUGGGAAGCUAUCGUUGCGGAUGCCCGGACGGAUUCGUUCAGCAUCUCUACUACAAUCAGUGUAUUGAUGAGAACGAGUGUCUCAGUUCACCCUGUGGAGAGAGCAACUGCAUCAACACUUUGGGGAGCUACAAAUGCGGCUGUUCAGAGGGACAUCAGUUUGAUAAUAAUCGACAGAGUUGUGUUCAGGUGAGUCCUGGAUGCGUGGGGAGUCCAUGUGCCUUUGGAUGCAUGCCAAGUGGCUCCAAUGGAUUCCUCUGCGGCUGUCCAAAUGGAUAUCAACGCAUUGGACAGGGACAUUGUUUGUCGACGAUAAAUCCGAUGGCCCAAGGGGGCUACAGGGAGGACAUCGGAAAUGUUCCGACGUUCGUCAUAAAUCCAGAUCCUUACCACAUUCCCCCAGCGGAUGACAAAAUCAUUUCGACGGAGGGGUGCUUCUCUUGCAAGAUCAACGGAAAGGAGAGACACAGGAGAGGCACGAAAAUUCGUCACGGCAAUCAUACGAUCGGUCUCAGGCAUAUGUCACCACGUAAGAGAAGAUUCGGACAGAUUUCGAAGAAGUCUAUGCUUCGAAAAGCAAAAAGGCAUCAUCACGGAGAAGAGUACGUGAUGAAGGUGAAUCUUAGACAGACGAAACAUAAAAUGCGGAUAAUCAAGUUGCAGCCGGCGCUCAAGGACGAAAAAAUCGAGUACACGAUAGUGAAAGGCAACAAAGCCAACCACUUCGAGGUGGCCAUGGACAAGGGUGGAAUAUGGGCUCUUCACUUUAGGCAUCAAUUGAAGAAAACUGGUGAAUUCAAAGUGGUCAUCCAUGGAAAACCAGUCAAUGGUAUAACAGCUGAGAAUGAAAUUUGGGAGAAACCUCUGACAUUCAGAGUGCACAUCAUCGUGACAGGGUAGAAGCAAUUGCCACAAAGUCGAAACACUAUUUUCCAAAUCCAAAUUCCAUUAAAAUGGAGGGCAGUACUCAUUCACCAUUGAAAUAUACUCAGAACCUCACGACGUGCUGCGCGAAUGAACCUUCUCACACUGCCAGGAUAUAUAAUAUAUUCGUUUAAUUAAAACCGAAACGCUUGCCAAGUAUUCAAUGCGAAAAGAUGUUCGAUGAAAUUGUGUGUUCGAUAAAAUUUGUGUUCAGACUGUAAUUGUCACAUCAAAACUAUUUAAAAUACGAAUUAUAAUAUGAGGAAAGAGAACUGGAGGCGAGAGCGAAGGAGGAAGAGAUGAAUUGGUCCAACUAGAGGCCAAAGUGUUCACAGAGUUGUUUCAACUCUUAAUGAUAUUCCAACUUCUUCUUCUAUGUAUUUUUAUACCAAACUGCGAUUUAUUAAUCACGAAGUUGAUCCCCUACUGUCGAAACUGGGAGAUGUAAUGCACGUGUUCUCUUCGAUAUAUUUUUCUCUUAGCUUUUUUCUCUCAUUAGUGUACAAAUAAGUGAAUGGAAAGAUUAUAUAUGUUAAUGUAGAAUUUUAAUUUUUAUCUUUUUAGAUCAAUUAUAAAUACA